AGUUACCCUUGGAAGUGCUUGUUAACGAUAAAUAUUUGACAAAAAUUCGUACAAUUAAAAGAUGUUUCAGUCACCUGAAUAUUGUAAAACUCUGUCACUGAAAUUAUCUGAGGUAUUAGACGAUGUUGGUGUUAAUGAGGAAAUGGUGAUGAAAAGAAGAAGAAUAUUCAUGCUGAGUGAGAGUUUAGCAACGAUUACAUGCAGAUCAUGUGGUAUAAACGAAACUGAAUAUUAUCUUGGGAGUCAGUCUGAAGGAACCACUACUAUAGAACUUGAUUCAGAUCUUGAUAUGGUACUUGUAGAUUAUGAUUAUAAUGUGAUACAAGACUGGGCAGAGUGGGAACAAAAUAAGAAAAAUCUUCUUAUGAUACAGGGUGAAAAUGUAACACCAGGAUAUUGUUUUCUACAAUUACUUCAAUCUGAUGAACCUCUUUUUGAGACAAACAUUCCUGAUGAAAAUUACAUAAGAGACAGCAUUGGGAGAAUAUUAUUAAGAAAUACAUUAGUAACACCUUUAAUUGAAGAAAAUGUUGAGCGACACGGGCCAUCAAAUGCUUUCUCCGGAGAUAAUGGAUACUCCGACAAUGACAUUGUAAUUGCUUUCCCUUGUGAUUCAAAGCUUCAAUCAGUAUCACUAUUUCUAGAAAGACCCGGUGUUAUGAGGUGGUUAUCAUCUGAAUGUGUCAGAUAUUCAGCUAGCUGUGUUUGUUUUGUUGUGGGCACAAGUAGUAAGAUUGCUACUUAUCCAGAAUUAGAGUGGAGAAUAUCUACUUCUCUACCAGAGAGAUGUUUGAUGUUUAAUCUAAAUAUUACGCAAUUACAAUGCUAUGUUUUAAUGAAAAUAAUUUUGAAAUCCUUUGUGAAUGCACAAAAUGUGAGAGUUAUUUCAAGUUUUAUGUGUAAAACCGUUUUAUUACAUUGUAUAGAAAAUACAGAGCAAAACAUAUGGAAAAGGGAUAAUCUUUUUACAUGUUUAUCAUACUGCUUGCUUGAACUUCGUAGCUGUGUUCAAAAUGAAAAUUGCCCGCAUUUCAUUAUUUCUGAUAACAACUUAAUGGCCGGACAAUUUACAGCUGAAGAGAAGCGAGACGUUUUACAGAAAUUAUGUGACAUAAUACAGAGCGAUGGUAGAUUUUUACUACGAAUAAGCAUGGAUAAUAUUAGCGAGAGACUACAAGUCAAACUGAGUACAAUUGUUCAUUUUGCGUGUAGUUUUCAAACCUCACUGGAAAUAUAUGAACAAUGGUCGUCUAAUCUUUUCAUCAGCUUCAUGAAACAGAUAAGCGGAUGGCUAUUACUAAUUUUCAACUAUUUGUCAAAUGGCCUCAUAUGUAAUCCCAAACAAAUUAUCUUAAAGCUAAAAUACUACAGUGUAGAGGGAAAUAGACUUGAACAGCUUGCAAGUCGUUAUCUGGCACCAUUUCUUUGUUCUACACUAGGUCUUAUUAUGGCGUCAUCAAGUAUUGGACAGAAUAAUCCAGUUCAAUAUGAAGCACUAAAGUGGCUUACAUUGGGUUUGAACUCAGAUGUCACAUCUGGCAGACUUAAACUAGCUUCUAUGUUCUACUGUGCAGGUGAUAUGGAUAGAGCAGAGUUCAUACUGAGACAAACUAAAAGUCGGUAUAAUUCUACUGUUGUUGAACAUGUAUGUGGCUGCUGGGAACUUCCAGGGGAAAGUCGGUCUGCGGAAUUUCAGAGAAAAUGCAGUGAAUUAAGUGAAAAUUGCAUCAAUAGUAUCACAUCAUGUUGUGUCAUAUUCAUGCAGACAGAAGUAAAUUGUGUGCCUCGAGAAUUGCGGUAUGAAAUGAUGAGAUCUACUCAAGAUGAUUUGCCAUAUAGAAGUAUGAAUGAAAAGUCUUGGAUGGACCAUGCUGUUGUUGAUUCCCUCCCUUAUCUCUACUUUUUACAAUACAAGACAUACGGUCAUCUACAAAGACAUCAAGAUCAGCAACUGGCACUUAGUAACCUUGUGAAGGUUACCUUUACAGGAAGAAACUUUGGUCAUAAGGAGACAGCUCUCAAUCUUCUCGGUCAAUGUAUGGAACAAGCGGACAAACCAAGGGCAGCCUCACAGUGCUAUUUGCUUUCUCUUCAACAAAGAGAAAGAAACAAUGCGGCAAAAUUUCAUAUUUGUAAUUUACUAAGAAAGUAUGCGUCGAACAUGUAGAGUUCCCUCUACAAGUUAAAUGACGGGGUUUGAGUUAGAUGUAAGAAAGUAUGUUAACUUGCGCAUAUGUUGUUUCUUGUUAGGUUGCUAACAAAAUUUCUGUAAGUUUGAAGUUAUAUCACAGUAUUCUAGUUUGCCGUAUUAACAAACAAACUUAAGUUGAACUGUUAUCAUAUCAUCAUAACUAACAUUAUAUAUUUCUUAAGUACAAAAAUAUGAUAUAAUUUAUUCAAUGGUAAAAUCAUUGCUGAAAAUACAAUUCAUUUAUUUAUUAUGUGUCCGCUUUUUUGUUUCAAGUUUUUUGUUGGCUUUUAUGUCAUACAUGUACAAUUUGGAACCCAGGUGGAGUCACAUAUAUCUUAUUUAAGUUAUCUGAAUAGUUUCCUUACGUGAACAAAUUGAACGUACCUGGCAGGAUUCGAACUGUCUGCAUUGAUUAAGCAUUUUGAUAUAGAUAUAAUGAUUAUUACUAUCAACGUUGAUAACCUUAAUGACCUUGUAGUAACUUGCCCCUCAACGCUAUGUUUCAAUACAGCCAUCGAAGCUAUGAGCCAUCUAACUAACAGAGUGUGGGUAGCUUUUUUCUGGAGCCCAUUCGUGCCAGAAAUAAUGCAAGAAAAAGCACCAUCGGUUAGACUGGAAUAACGUGAUAUGACCAUGUCAGGGUCGAUGGAAAUACAUCAUUAAUCAGUAUUAAUAAACAGUAAUAAAAGCAAUACAUUGUAUAA